CAUGUACCCUAGUGUGUUGUGGAAGUUGCUACCAGAGCCUUGAUUUUGUAUUCGGCGCAAGCAGUCUUUUUCCUCAGGCGACACCGGUACGAGAGGUAUCCUCCAUGUAGCCCAGAACCUCGAUUUUCCUGCCAUUGGCAAAACCAUGUCAACAUAACUACAUGAAAUUACUUAUUGUGCUACUCGUGGCUUCUCUUGCGUCUGCCGCACUGCGCAAGGCUAAAGAACCCAUCCCAGGUCGAUACAUCGUUAAGAUGAAGACCGGACAAGAUGUAGAGUCCAUGCUGGCAGCCUUAGGGCACACCCAAAUCUACCACAAAUACAAAACCGUCUUCCCUGGUUUUGCCGCCGCCCUGACAGACCGCAUGCUUCAGUUUGCUCUAUCUUCAGAUGCGGUAGAAUAUGUAGAAGAAGAUGGUGUUGUCCGGGCUGACGACGUGGCGUCAUGGGGUCUUGAUCGAAUCGAUCAGCUAAGUCUUCCUCUUGAUGGUGUCUUUCAACCCAUUGGUAACCAAGGACAAGGGGUCAACAUCUACGUCAUCGAUACCGGUAUCCUCAUUGAUCAUCAAGAUUUCAAUGGCAGGGCCUCUGUGGGCUUUGACUACGACAAUGGAACGGGAAUCGACUGCAAUGGCCAUGGUACGCACUGCGCAGGCACUGUUGCAGGCACUGCUUUCGGCGUCGCCAAGUUGGGUCACGUGAUAGCAGUACGCGUUCUAAACUGUUUCGGAAGAGGCAGCUGGGCUGACAUUAUCUCAGGUUGCGAGUGGGUAGCAGGCAACGCAGUGUUUCCUGCUGUUGUAUCUAUGUCUCUUGGUGGAGCCGAGAGUGAAAGUGUAGAUGAUGCUAUCCGUGCCAUGAUUAAUGCUGGAAUCAGUGUAUCAGUGUCGGGUGGUAACGAUGACUUCUCAUCAUGCCGCAAGUCUCCUGCAAGAACACAGGAGGCUAUCACUGUGGGCGCCACCGACUCUGCUGAUGUCCGAGCUAGCUUCUCCAACUAUGGCACCUGUCUCGAUAUCUUUGCUCCUGGUGUCGCUAUCACAUCAGCGUGGUACACCUCCGUCGAUUCAACUAAUACCAUCAGUGGUACAUCCAUGGCAACACCCCACGUAGCUGGUGCUGCAGCUAUUUUCCUUGGAGAUGAUCCUACUAUGACUCCAGCCGAUGUCAAAGCAUCUAUUCAGAUCAAGUCCAUAGCUGGUGUUGUUGGUGAUCCUCAAGGAGGCUCGCCAAAUCUCCUUCUCUACAUGGGUCAGGGUUCUGGUGGACAUCCCUGGACCCUACGAUGACGGAUGCGGUGGAAAUUUCAGCGAUCCUUCAGGCUCGUUUGCCAGUCAGCAUUACCCGUAUAACUAUGAGGAAAGCGUAACAUGUGACUAUCUUGUUUGGAAUCCUCUUAUGUUUCCUGUCAUGGUCGAUGUGGAUGACUUCAAUCUCGAGGCCUCAACCGCAUGCCGUUUUGAUUCGCUCUCGAUCUAUGAUGGGUCAGACACAUCAGCUGACCUGAUCGGGGUAUACUGCGGUACAGAAGGCCCUGGUAUUGUUACAAGCACUGGAAGCAGCUUGUUCUUGAGAAUGGAAUCUGAC